GUGUCUGAGCGCCGAUAGAAAGAGAAGAUGUGCAGUGAAAAGUUGAUUGGAUGAAUGGAGAACAAAUGGUGGGCGUUCAAAAGCAUUAGGAGAGUUUUGUAGUCGUGAAGCAGAUUUGUAAAUUUUCUGGGUGAAUCUCUAAGAUGGAAGACAGGGGUGGCUGCUGUUGGAGUGAUUGCUUGUCAGACUCUGGCCUAUCUGAAGGUGCCAAAUUGGACUGCAGAAGGAGAUAAUUCAUUUGGACUACUUUGUUUUGCUGUUCUUCACGUUUCUCUUUGACAUUCUCUCAAGGAAAGAACACGCAGAAGCUGUUGCAGAGGAGAAGGUACAUGCUGUUAUUUGCUGGACAUCUGUCCAAUCCACUUUGACAUUUGAAGAACCAUAGAGCGUGAAAAUGAACACGAAGGAGAAUUGGUGAGAUCGCAUCCAGUGUGCGUCUUUGAACCCCAACCAACUGUGAGAGCAAAGCCUGGUCCUAAGAGCAAGUAACCUGGCAAAUGAGUUCAGAGUGACCACAUCUGGUGGAAGAAGGAAAAAAAAAUGUAGUUAUUGAAUUCAGCCAAGUGUUUGCGUCUCAAAUUAUCAACAAAAUUCUGUCAAGAAAGGUUCCAGUUGGUCGUGCAAACAUGUGGAUAUCCAAGGAGCCACAUAAAGAUGGAGAAAUCGAGGCACAGAGAAAUUAAGUGACUUCACCACAGUCACAAGCUGGAGAAGACCAGGGUUAGAACUUAGAAAGGACUCCUGACUCUCGAGCCUGUGUCUUGCCCGCUGAGUCACGCUGCCUCCGUUCUUAGAAGAGAAGACUUCCUGCAAGAUGGAGGUGGAUGCCGAGGAGAAGCGCCAUCGCACACGCUCUAAAGGUGUCCGAGUUCCGGUGGAACCAGCCAUACAAGAGCUGUUCAGCUGUCCCACUCCUGGCUGUGAUGGCAGUGGUCAUGUUAGUGGCAAAUAUGCAAGACACAGGAGUGUAUAUGGUUGUCCCUUGGCUAAAAAAAGAAAAACACAAGAUAAACAGCCCCAAGAACCUGCUCCUAAACGAAAACCGUUUGCAAUUAAAGCAGACAGCUCCUCGGUAGAUGAAUGUUAUGAAAGUGAUGGAACUGAAGAUAUGGAUGAGAAGGAAGAAGAUGAAGAGGAAGAAUAUUCCGAGGACAACGAAGAGCAAGGGGACGAGGAUGAAGAGGAUGAGGAGGUAGAUCGAGAAGAAGAGGAAGAGAUUGAGGAAGAAGAGGAUGAUGAUGAUGAUGAUGGAGAGGAUGUGGAGGAUGAAGAAGAGGAAGAGGAAGAAGAGGAGGAAGAAGAAGAGGAAGAAGAAGAAAAUGAAGAUCAUCAAAUGAAUUGUCACAAUACUCGAAUAAUGCAAGACACAGAAAAGGAUGAUAACAAUAAUGAUGAGUAUGAUAAUUACGAUGAACUGGUGGCCAAGUCGUUGUUAAAUCUUGGCAAAAUUGCUGAGGAUGCAGCAUACCGGGCCAGGACUGAGUCAGAAAUGAACAGCAAUACCUCCAAUAGUCUGGAAGACGAUAGUGACAAAAACGAAAACCUGGGUCGGAAAAGCGAGUUAAGUUUAGACUUAGACAGUGAUGUUGUUAGAGAAACAGUGGACUCCCUUAAAUUAUUAGCACAAGGACACGGUGUUGUGCUUUCAGAAAACAUUAAUGACAGAAAUUAUGCAGACAGUAUGUCACAACAAGAUAAUAGAAAUAUGAAUUACGUAAUGUUAGGGAAGCCCAUGAACAAUGGACUCACGGAAAAAAUGGUGGAGGAGAGUGAUGAGGAGGUGUGUCUGAGCAGUUUGGAAUGCCUGAGGAAUCAGUGCUUUGAUCUGGCCAGGAAACUCAGUGAGACAAACCCACAGGAGAGGAAUCAGCAGCAGAACAUGAACAUCCGUCAGCAUGUCAGGCAAGAGGACGACUUCCCCGGAAGAACGCCGGAUAGGAAUUACUCAGACAUGAUGAACCUAAUGAGGCUUGAGGAACAGUUGAGUCCCAGAUCUAGAACUUUUUCUAGUUGUGCAAAAGAGGAUGGGUGUCAUGAAAGAGAUGAUGAUACCACCUCUGUAAACUCGGACAGGUCUGAAGAAGUGUUUGACAUGACAAAGGGUAAUCUAACCCUUCUUGAGAAAGCUAUUGCUUUGGAAACUGAAAGAGCAAAGGCCAUGAGGGAAAAAAUGGCAAUGGAAGCUGGAAGGAGGGAUAAUAUGAGAUCAUAUGAGGAGCAGUCUCCAAGACAACUUUCCGGGGAGGAGAGAAAGCCUAAAUCCAGUGACAGCCAUGUCAAAAAGCCAUACUAUGGUAAAGAUCCCUCAAGAACAGAAAAGAAAGAGAGCAAGUGUCCAACCCCUGGGUGUGAUGGAACUGGCCACGUAACUGGGCUUUAUCCUCAUCAUCGCAGUUUAUCCGGAUGUCCGCACAAAGAUAGGGUCCCUCCAGAAAUUCUUGCCAUGCAUGAAAAUGUUCUCAAGUGUCCUACUCCAGGCUGCACAGGGCGAGGGCAUGUAAAUAGCAACAGGAACUCUCACAGAAGCCUCUCUGGAUGCCCUAUUGCUGCAGCAGAGAAACUGGCAAAAGCCCAAGAAAAACACCAGAGCUGUGAUGUGUCAAAAUCCAAUCAGGCAUCAGACCGAGUCCUAAGGCCAAUGUGCUUUGUAAAGCAACUAGAGAUUCCUCAAUAUGGCUACAGAAACAAUGUCCCCACAACCACUCCUCGUUCCAACUUGGCCAAGGAACUUGAGAAAUAUUCCAAGACUUCAUUUGAGUACAACAGUUACGACAACCAUACUUAUGGCAAGCGAGCCAUAGCUCCCAAGGUGCAAACCAGGGAUAUAUCCCCCAAAGGAUAUGAUGAUAAGCGGUACUGUAAGAACUCGAGCCCGACCAGCAGCACCACGAGCAGCUAUGCCCCCAGCAGCAGCAGCAACAUGAGCUGCGGGGGCGGCAGCAGUGCCAGCAGCACCUGCAGCAAAAGCAGCUUCGACUACACGCAUGACAUGGAGGCGGCCCACAUGGCUGCCACGGCCAUUCUCAACCUGUCCACCCGCUGCCGGGAGAUGCCUCAGAACCUCUCCACUAAGCCUCAGGACCUCUGUGCAGCCCGGAAUCCUGAUAUGGAGGUGGAUGAAAACGGGACUCUGGACCUCAGCAUGAAUAAGCAGAGGCCGCGAGACGGCUGUUGCCCCAUUUUGACUCCCCUGGAGCCCAUGUCUCCCCAACAACAGGCAGUGAUGAACAACCGGUGUUUCCAACUCAACGAGGGGGACUGCUGGGAUUUGCCAGUGGACUACACCAAAAUGAAACCCAGAAGAAUAGAUGAGGAUGAUUCCAAAGAAAUUACUCCAGAAGACUUGGAUCCAUUCCAGGAAGCUCUAGAAGAAAGAAGGUAUCCUGGGGAAGUGACCAUCCCGAGUCCCAAGCCCAAGUAUCCUCAGUGCAAGGAGAGCAAAAAGGAUUUAAUAACAUGUCCAACACCAGGGUGUGAUGGGAGUGGUCAUGUGACUGGUAAUUACGCCUCACAUAGAAGUCUCUCUGGCUGCCCAUUGGCUGACAAAAGCAUUCGAAGUAUGCUGGCCACCAGUUCACAAGAGCUCAAGUGCCCCACCCCCGGUUGUGAUGGCUCUGGACAUAUUACUGGCAAUUACGCUUCUCAUCGAAGUCUUUCAGGUUGCCCGAGAGCAAAGAAAAGUGGCAUCAGGAUAGCACAAAGCAAAGAAGACAAAGAAGAUCAAGAGCCAAUUAGAUGUCCAGUUCCUGGUUGUGAUGGUCAGGGUCAUAUAACUGGAAAGUAUGCCUCCCACCGCAGUGCGUCGGGGUGCCCCCUAGCAGCCAAAAGGCAAAAGGAUGGGUACCUCAAUGGCUCCCAGUUCUCCUGGAAGUCAGUGAAGACAGAAGGUAUGUCAUGUCCCACUCCAGGAUGUGAUGGAUCCGGACACGUCAGUGGUAGUUUCCUCACACAUCGUAGCUUGUCAGGAUGCCCCAGAGCCACGUCAGCCAUGAAGAAGGCAAAGCUGUCUGGAGAACAGAUGCUGACCAUCAAACAGCGGGCCAGUAACGGUAUAGAAAAUGAUGAAGAGAUCAAACAGUUAGAUGAAGAAAUCAAGGAGCUAAAUGAAUCCAAUUCCCAAAUGGAAGCUGAUAUGAUUAAACUCAGAACUCAGGUAACAAUUACCACAAUGGAGAGCAACCUGAAGACGAUAGAAGAGGAGAACAAAGUAAUUGAACAGCAAAAUGAGUCUCUUCUUCAUGAACUGGCCAAUUUAAGCCAGUCUUUAAUUCAUAGUCUAGCUAAUAUCCAGCUGCCACAUAUGGAUCCAAUCAAUGAACAAAAUUUUGAUGCUUACGUGACUACUUUGACGGACAUGUAUACAAAUCAAGAUCGUUAUCAGAGUCCAGAAAAUAAAGCCCUACUGGAAAAUAUAAAGCAGGCUGUGAGAGGAAUUCAGGUCUGAACAGCUGCUCUAGUGAUGAAAAUCUUGCUUAAAAAAAAAGGAUGCCUCUUGUUUUUUGCUGCUGUAAUUUACCAGAAAGUGUUAUAUAUUUAUUUCUGUUUGAAACAGUGUUAUGCUUACAAGACUUCAUAAUGAUUUUAUGUCUUGCUUUAAAGAUAGUAACUGCAGAAUAGUUUUGGAAUACAUUCACAUUUUGUACGUUUUCAUAUAAGCUGACAUAGUGUGAUAUGCCAUGUAAUGUUUAUAGCUGCUAAUGUAUGCACAUUUUGGGGGUAUAUAUAUUUCUGAAGAGGUAAGCUGAUCAAAAUAAAUAGAGUGUAAAUUCUUUUUAAUGCUUUAGUGAUUAAAUGUUUUAGUAUUUUGAACUGAAAUGGACAAAAAAAAAAAACAGCUUUGAAUGACGAUGUUGCAGUCCUGCAACCGCUUUUUAAAACACUAUCAUUUUGCCUCAUGUUGGAGGAUUUUAUGGAAUUUAAGAAAACCAUUUUGUGUGCAUAUUGUUUCAUAGCAAGAAUUGGUUGCAAAAAUGCUUUAUUUUUGAACAAUGCUUGGAAAUAUUAUGUGAUCUUUUUGUUUGUUUGUUUUAGGAGGAUGGUGGAUGGUGGGGGCAAUAAAUGAGGUUUUUUGAAUUCCAAGGAAAUGGCAUGGAUUAACUGUAAGAAAUGAAAUAAGUAAUUUAUUGUAAGACAACAUCAAGCCAUGGAAACUUGACAGAAGACUCAAAGCAGCUUAAACAGCACUUUUAAAUUAACUCCUAAGCAUUACAUGGUAUGAAUAUGGAACCUUCAGUUAAGACAGGAACUUAUCAGAGGUGGACAACACGAAGAUUUCCUUUUUCGUUUUCAAUAAACUUUGGAACAGCCUUCUCUUAUCUCCCCUAAGUUUUGUGCCCCUCUGAACUGUCUGUUAUUGCAAUGUAGUUUAUCUCACAGACUUGGUGGGUUUUCAAUUUAAGCGAAAAGAUAAUUUAAGAGCAUUUAUUUUCCCUUUUUAUUUUAAAAAUUAUGAUUACUAUUACUGUUACUAUUAUAGCUUUGGGGGAUAAAUGCAAAUGAUUUGUUACUGGACUGAAUUUUCCGCUGGUUUGGGUAGGAAAUGCAAUUCAGUAAAAGUUUCUCCCCUCCCCACCCCUUCACCCCAACUUUGGCUUUGAAUAAACACUGGAUCCUAUUCAGAGUCCCCUUAAACUGACAUUUAUGUUCUUAACUUUUGUUGGCCAUCAGUUGACCACACAGAAUUUACAUAGAUUUGUCGUUUGAUUUAUUGUGACCUAUUCUAAGAACGAAUGCAAUCAGAUUUUAAAAGUAACUAAAUAUACUUCGGCACUUUUUGCUUUAAACUAGAUCAUUUUAGACUUGUUUGUACCUUCAAGAUUUGUUUGUUUUAUUCCAAAUGACUGCACUAUAUGUAUGCAUAAGACCACUUUUUAUUGCUGCAUUUUUCCCUUUUGAGUAGGACCUUUGAUGAUGUAUUGUGUUUUCUGACGUUGACUUGAUUUCCAUUUAAUAGCUUCUCUUUUCCUUCCAUGUCUUGAUGUUAUGCAGAAAGUACAAAAGUACUUUAAAAUUUUGUUAUGAAAAAAAAAAAAGAUGGGUUUUGUAAAAAUAAUAAAAAAAAAUAUUUUUAGCAGAACAGGACUUACAGGGUCAUUGUCCCCACAAUGUGCCAGUUGACUAUUUGCACUUACCUUGUCCUAUAUAUCCGUACGGAGGUGUGCAAUUCCUUGUGUCAUUAGCCUUGUGACACUGAACCUGGACAAAUUAUAGAGGAAGCCCUCAUGGCUGAUCCAAUAAUAUUGCUAAAGGGAGACUACAGGGAUCUCACAACAAAUAUUCUGAUACAAUACUCAACCUCGGUAUAUAUAUAUAUGUAUAAAUAUAUGUAUAUCCCAGCGGCACUUUAUACUGUUCACUGUACAAAAGCUUACAGUUUUCCACGAGGACUUUAAUAACUAGCUGGGAAAAAAAGAUUAUGUAAUUACUUUGGGGCUCUGCAGUAUCUUCUCUGUACAGCGCCCUCCUUCUGUUGUGCUAUUAGUUGUAGCUGCCAUGCUCAGAAUUGCCUUUUUGAGAGCUGAAGCAAGGUGCUUGUUGUUCACUCGGUGCCAUGUGUAUCAUCGAGGGCCCUAGCCUCUUUUUAGGGCCCCCCACUGUUCAUAAUGGCAUAUGCAUUUUCCCACUGCAUUGUGUCUGCAGCUUCUUUGCCAAUAUAGUAAUGCUUUUAGUAGAGUAAUAGAUAGUAUCAGUUUUGGAUUCUUAUUGUUAUCACCUAUGUACAAUGGAAAGGGAUUUUAAGCACAAAUCUGCUGCUCAUCUAAUGUUGGUACAUAAUAUCAAAUCAAAAGUUACCUGUGACUAUUAUAUAGGGAUCACAAAAGUGUCACAUAUUCGAAUGCUGAUCUUUCAUAUGGAAUUAUUGUGCGUCAUCAGAGUUUAUUUAUUAUAACUUAUUGUUCAUAUUCAUUUCUAAGUUAAUUUAAGUAAUCAUUUAUUAAGACAGAAUUUUGUAUAAACUAUUUAUUGUGCUCUCUGUGGAACUGAAGUUUGAUUUAUUUUUGUACUACACGGCAUGGAUUUGUUGACAUUUUAAUUUUGCUAUAAAUGUGUGGAAUCACAAGUUGCUGUGAUACUUCAUUUUAAAAUUGUGAACUUUGUACAAAUUUUGUCAUGCUGGAUGUUAACACAUCUUACUCUAAAUAAAAAAAAAAGGUGUUGCCA